UUCCCCACCAACCAAACGAACCAUAAUUAAGCCGCCAAGGUGUUUCAGCCAAGAAAAUGAAAUAAUAAAACCAGACGAAGCUGGUGAAGUGGAUUUAUCACGGGUUUCUAGGUAUUACUCGUACAGCUGGGAUGACUGGAUGAGUUUCAAUCACUUCUAUAUUCAUUCAUCUCUUCUAUUGCUGAUCAAUAGCCGAUUUUACGAGUGAGUUACCAAAACUAUGGCUAUUUCCUAUGAAACUUCCUUUCCAUCAUUUUCUUUAAAACUGUCAAGCUGUAUGUAUCUUUACCGAAAAAGAUUUUACUUUUGCGCUCCUUCUAGCUGUUCUUCCCUAUAUGUGAGGAUAAAUUAGGUAUAUCUACUAUCUAGUCUGGAUGAACUCAUCUCAGAAGACAAGCGUACAUAAAGCAAGUAAAUGUCUUUUAGAAGUAUAGCUCGUGAUAUAAGGGAUAGUAUUGGGAGUUUAUCAAGGCGGAGUUUCGAGCUUAGAUUGACUAGUCAACAGAGGGGUGGAAAGUCUCAUGGGGCAGUCCACGAGUUGCAUGACCAACCUGCCAUCAUCACCCAAAGCAGCUGUUGGGCCAGCCUUCCGCUGGAAUUACUUCGCGAUGUAAUCAAAAGGCUAGAGACCCAUGAGAGUACAUGGCCAACCCGCAAGCAUGUUGUUGCCUGCGCUGGGGUUUGCCGGGCAUGGAGAGUAAUGUGCAUGGAAAUUGUUCUUACUCCUGAGUUAUCAGGAAAGCUGACUUUCCCCGUCUCUCUGAAGCAGCCAGGGCAUCGGGAUGGAACCAUUCAGUGCUUCAUUAAGAGAGACAAAUCUAAACUAACUUACCGCCUUUUCCUCUGUCUUAGCCCAGACUUGCUGGUAGAAAAUGGAAAGUUUCUUCUUUCUGCUAAGCGGAGCCGGAAGACUACACGCACAGAAUAUAUUAUCUCACUAGAUGUGGAUAACAUAUCUCGGUCUACAAACACUUGCAUGGGAAAAGUUAGAUCAAACUUUCUUGGCACCAAAUUCAUAAUCUAUGACACUCAAAAACCACAAUACAAGAAAGUUUUCCCCAAAGUCCCUACAGGAAGCCACACCAUUGCACAAGUCACAUAUGAAGUGAAUGUUCUCGGCACAAAGGGCCCAAGGAAGAUGCACUGUUUCAUGUACUCCAUCCCUGCUUCAUCUCUUGAGCCCGGUGCCAACGUCCCGGGUCCACUUGAGGGCAGCUCAUUCCGGAGGAGCAUACCCUUUUCAGAAUGUAUUGAUGAUUCAUCUGAGUUCAGCAGUGCCCGGUGGCAUGAGGAAGAACAAGGCGAUGGAGAUGGUGUGAAGGAAGGAGGGUUUUUGGUGCUUGGGAAUAAGCCACCCAGGUGGCAUGAACAGUUGCAGUGCUGGUGCCUUAAUUUUAGGGGAAGGGUAACUGUUGCUUCUGUCAAGAAUUUCCAGCUGAUUGCAGAGACACUGCCGCCAGUUCAGCCAGCCCACCGGUCUGAUCCUGAAAAGAUCAUAUUGCAGUUUGGGAAGGUUGGAGAAGAUAUGUUCACCAUGGAUUAUAGAUAUCCUUUGUCUGCCUUUCAGGCAUUCGCCAUCUGUUUGAGCAGCUUUGACACCAAACUCGCUUGUGAAUAAAAUAUAACUGCAUUGCCUAAUUGCAUAUAUGUUUUGGUGUUUGCCAAUUUUCAGUUACUCCCAUGAAAUCUUAAUAUGAAUGGUGGUAUUUACUUGGAUGAUUUCCUGAAUUCUAAUUGGUUAAAUUUUGGAGAUUUUUUUGUUGGAAUAAUGUAGGUCUGGACCUGCUUCAUCCAAAAUAUGUACUGGGGGUUCAAUAAUGACCAAAGUAUCACACGUUUGUUUGUCAACUGAUUUUCAUGCUCUCAAGUCCGACUGGUACAUGCAGAGUAAAUAAUAUGCCAAGUGUUGACGUUAAUGUUGUAGUUUUGUGUAUUAUUUUUGUUAAGAAAGCAAAUGCAAAGCAUUUUGUGUCACCUACUCACCUAUAUCAUUUUUAAUGUAUAUGAUAAUAAAUUUGUGUUGAGUGGUCUAUAUUUAAUAGGAGGAAUAAAGAAUAAUAAUGGGCGUGUUCCCAUAAA